GAACUUAACAGACCACAGAGAAACACUCCUUGCUCUGCCCUUCGCACAAUGGACCGAUCAGGUUCAUCUCAGUCAGCACAUUAAGGAAGCUUUUAACGGCGACCGUUUUGAUCACUUAAGAGGAAGCAUUUGGCGACUGAAUUUGCAGGGUCAGAGGCUGCCAGCUAUCGCAGGAUGAGUCUAGGGAAGAAUGGCGAACCCGAGCGAGACGGAGCAGUGCUGAAGCCUCUGCAAUGGGAGCGGAGCUGGAGCUUCAUUUUCCUUAUAAAAGUGGCGCUGUCCGUGGUGCUGAUGUUUGCGCCACCUAAAGUGAAAGCCCAGAAUGACACAGAGCCCAUCGUUUUGGAAGGAAAGUGCCUGGUAGUCUGUGACUCAAACCCAUCCUCGGAUGGAGCUGUCACCUCAUCUCUGGGAAUUUCUGUGCGCUCUGGAAGCGCCAAAGUGGCUUUCUCGGCUAUCAGAAACACCAAUCAUGAACCUUCUGAGAUGAGCAACCGCACCAAGACCAUUUAUUUUGACCAGGUUCUCGUCAAUGUUGGAAAUCAUUUUGACCUUGCAUCCAGUGCGUUUGUAGCGCCAAGAAAAGGAAUAUAUAGCUUCAGUUUUCAUGUGGUCAAAGUCUACAACAGACAGACUAUUGAGGUAAGUCUAAUGCAGAAUGACUAUCCAGUUAUUUCAGCCUUUGCUGGAGACCAAGAUGUUACUAGAGAAGCAGCAAGCAAUGGAGUUCUGCUGCACAUGGAGAGACACGAUAAGGUUCACCUAAGACUGGAAAGGGGUAACCUCAUGGGAGGGUGGAAAUAUUCGACAUUUUCUGGUUUUUUAGUUUUUCCACUCUAAAGAUGCUUUCAAAAGAGAGGCUCUGGGGCGUAGCGAAGAUUCAGCUGUCACUGUAGCCAUUAUUCUGGAUGAAAAAAACGUUAAUUUCAUCAUCUCUCCCAGAUUGUCAAUGUAGAAGGAUGAAUUAUCUUCUAGGUAAAAUAUUUACUUUGAUAUUGACUUUUCCUUGGGAAUCUGCGCUUCUAAUUAGUUUUAGACGACAGUGAUCUUUAGGAUAAAUGAAAUUAUCGACCUGAGCAAUUUGUACCUGUGAUUGUAAAGUCAAUAUCGGAAUUUAUUGUUUGGAUCAUUGACUUUUUUGUUGUUGUUCUGAGACAAAUACGCGGACACCUUGUUGAUGUAAAGAAUCACAAAAAAAAAAGAAGAUUACAAAUCCCGAAUAAGUGUUCUUGCAAUGCUUUCAUUAGUGUUUGUAUAGCCUUAAGAAAAGAAUGGCUUCAGUCUCAGUUAUGUAUAUUUUUGGAUUUCUGAAGAUGACUGUGUCAAGAAGUGCUUUAUACCAAGAAGCAAAUUUUGCACGAAUGGAAUUAUUUUUGUUUUGUGUUAUUUGUGUAUUUAUUGAUAUUGAUUUUUCUUUCAGGGUGCUGAUAAACAUGUACAUUAGGUUGACCAAUACUACCAAUUAUAUAGAUGUAAAUCUAAGUAAAGCUUAUAAACGAAA